CCCCCGCUCUCAGACCUCGGACGGGGUCCUGCUAACCUGCCUGCGCCGCUACAGGGAGCUCGCCGCCCGCGCGGGGCCAGGAGCUUCGGCGCCUCGGCCUGACCGGGCCCCCAGACCCAGCUGGGGAAGGCCGGGGGCAGGCACUGAGAGGAAGCCCCUGGGCUUGGCGGGGUGGUGCCGGGGAGGGCGGCGCUCACGUGGAUUUCCCCGAGGCUUCUUAGCCUUUUGUGCGGCUGGGCGGAUUUCCGCAGGCCAGACGGGUGCAGGCUCCGGGCUGUGGGCGCGGCUUGGAGCCGGGGCUGCCUGCCCGCCGCAGGCCCCGCCCCCCGGAGGAGGACACGCCGCGCAGCUACAGAAGCCCCUUUUUAAUUGAAGUUGUCAGGCUGCAGCCGCGAGGGAGGGCGGGCGGGCGGGCUGGCGGGAGGAAGCGAGCGGGCGGGCGGGCGGACGCACAGCGAGCCAGCCAGCGAGCCUCGCUGCCCCGGGAGGCGGCUGGGAGAGCGGGCGGCCGGGCCGAGCAGCGGGCGGCCGGGACGGACCCUGGCCCAGCCCCGCGCCGGGGCUCGGCGGCGGGGGCAGCUGCGCCCCGGGGCCGCCCGGGGUUGGCCCGAGAGCCGCUGACCGAGCGCCCACGCCCGCGGCCCGUCCCCGGCCCGGGCCCCCAGGCCCGCCCGCGAUCCCGAUGAAAAAUCGGGUCCGCGCGCCCAUGGCGGUGGCGAUGCCGUGCAAGAGCGCCGAGUGGCUGCAGGAGGAGCUCGAGUCCGGCGGCGGCGCGUCGCUGCUGCUGCUGGACUGCCGGCCGCACGAGCUCUUCGAGUCGUCCCACAUCGAGACGGCCAUCAACCUGGCCAUCCCCGGGCUCAUGCUGCGCCGCCUCAAGAAGGGCAACCUGCCCAUCCGCUCCAUCAUCCCCAACCACGAGGACAAGGAGCGCUUCGCCAAGCGCUGCAAGGCGGCCACCGUGCUGCUCUACGACGAGGCCACGGCCGACUGGCAGGCGGAGCCCGGCGCGCCCAGCUCCGUGCUCGGCCUCCUGCUGCAGAAGCUGCGCGACGACGGCUGCCAGGCCUAUUACCUCAAAGGUGGCUUCAACAAGUUCCAGACGGAGUACUCGGAGCACUGUGAGACCAGCCUGGACAGCUCUUCCCCCAGCAACUCGCCCCCGGCCUCGGUGCUAGGCCUGGGCGGCCUGCGGAUCAGCUCUGACUGUUCGGACGGGGAGUCGGACCGCGAGCCCGGCAGCGCCACCGAGUCUGACGGCAGCCCCCUGCCCUCCAGCCAGCCGGCUUUCCCCGUGCAGAUCCUGCCCUACCUGUACCUGGGCUGCGCCAAGGACUCCACCAACCUGGACGUCCUGGGCAAGUACGGCAUCAAGUACAUCCUGAACGUGACGCCCAACCUGCCCAACAUGUUCGAGCACGGCGGCGAGUUCAAGUACAAGCAGAUCCCCAUCUCCGACCACUGGAGCCAGAACCUCUCCCAGUUCUUCCCCGAAGCCAUCACCUUCAUCGACGAGGCGCGCUCCAACAAGUGCGGGAUCCUGGUGCACUGCCUGGCCGGCAUCAGCCGCUCCGUCACCGUCACCGUGGCCUACCUGAUGCAGAAACUGAACCUGUCCCUGAACGACGCCUACGACUUCGUGAAGAGGAAAAAGUCCAACAUCUCCCCCAACUUCAACUUCAUGGGGCAGCUGCUGGACUUCGAGCGGACCCUGGGCCUCAGCAGCCCCUGCGACAACCGCGUGCCCGGCGAGCAGCUGUACUUCACCACGCCCACCAACCACAGCCUCUUCCAGCUCAACACGCUCGAGUCCACAUGAGGCCGGGGCCCCCGUGGGAGGGGGGCGAGCACCGCAUUCUUGCCACGGCCCGGAGCUGGGGGCGCCGCCGGCCCUUCCUCUCCGCGCGGCCGGAGAGGGCCCGCCAGAGGGUCCCGAGCCGGGCGCCCGGCGGCUCUGGCGGGCAGGGGCCUCGCCCGGGGCCGGACACCCCCGCCGGCGGCCUUCCCCCAGGCCCGGACCGGCCGCCCCGGCUGCCUUGUUUUUCGAAGCUGCGGCCCGAGUUGACCCUUCCGCCAGGGGAGCCGGGCGUCCGGACGCGUUUUAAAGAAAGAAGGCGGGUCAUUUUUGACCGCGUGUACAGACAAUGGCGGGCUACGGAAGAACCAGUAUUUUCUCCCGAGGAGAGAGAGAGAGGGGGGGGAUUGUUCUCGAUUUUGUUCCGCGGCUCCUGCAGGAGAAGGAUAGCCAGGGUCUCGACUGACCAAAUGCGUUUUGCACAUACGGAAGCCCGGCGGCGAGGGUCCCCCCGGGAGGCGGCCCGGCCGCCUGUAGACCCCUCCCCUCCCCCCGGCUCCCUCCCUGUCGCCCCCCACUCUGCACUGAUGGGCUGGAGCUGCCGAGCUUCCUUCGGGUCUGGGGGCUCCUUGGCCCCCGGCCCGCCGCCGGCACCGGCCCAGCUCCCUCCCCGCGGGUUAGCCUGGGGGGCCGUUCCCUCCUCCCCUUCCCCCCUCGGCGCUGCCCCCGGACCGGCUCCCGCGGUCCGGCCGUGCCUUCCGCCCGAGAAGGUCUGUUUCUACUCUGCCUGAUGUCAAGAGAAGGGAGCGGGGGGGGGGGGGGGGGGGGGGGGGGGGGGGGGGGGUGGGGAGGCCGCCGACCCGCGGGGGAGGGGCCGGUGGGGGAGGGGCCGGUGGGGGAGGGGCGAGGGGUCCUCCUCUGUGUGACGCCGUCGGAGGGGGCGAGGAGGGCACGAGGUGAGAGCGGGAGCCUCGGAGCCAAUGCAGAAUGUGUUCACCGCAUCUUACCUCAUCGAGGGUUUUCUUUUCAGGGAAUUUCGGGGCCGUGAAUUACAAAAACUCGUCAGGGCCGAGAGAGCUGACCAAACAGCUUCCUGGGCUGUGGAUGGUUCCUUUUUUAUUUUUGUUUUUUAAAUUCUUUUAUUUUUUAAAGAAACAGACUGCGUUCAGCCACCCAGAAAGGCGCCUCUGACGUGCGAACGAGGGCUUGUUAGAGAGGGCCGGCUCUGCUUUGUGACCCAAUGAAGGAAAAUGUGUGACCCUAUAUAUAUAUACAUAUAUGUAUAUGACAUAUAUAUAUAUAUCCUGAACCAAUAAUGGGACUUUGUUUAUAUGCAAAUAAAUAUUAUUUUUUCUUUAA